AUGUCACAUGGUGAAGCAGACUCCUCUCUGUCUGCUGUGCUUCCAGAAACAUCACCGUGUGCUACAACUCAGAAAGGAGCAGCAAGCACAACAAUCACCGUCCAGGAUGGAUCUAUAUUCAACCAACCUCAGCUGAAAGAUGUUAAUGUUGGAAGGGAUAUUACUUUCAACACAUAUGUUCAAGCUCCUGCCAGGACAGACGAGACUACUGCUCCUCCCAAAACCAAAGAAAACAUCCAAAGGUGCCGAAAAGAACUAAAAUCUUACCUUGAAAAUACAACAAAUAAUCUGUUUCAAGGAACAAAGAAAGAUGGAUCAUCAACUCCUAUCAACAAGAUCUAUACAAAGUUAUACAUCACAGAGGGAGGCAGUGGGGAGGUUAAUAGUGAACAUGAAGUGGUUGUAUUAGAAUGUAGAAGGAGUACGAGUGAGAAUAAAAUCCAACUCAAUGACAUUUUGAAAGCUUUAGACGAAGACAAGCCUCCACAGAGAGUUCUGACAAAGGGAAUUGCCGGCAUUGGAAAAUCUGUUGCUGUGCAGAAAUUCACUCAUGACUGGGCAGUUGGAGAAGCAAACCAAAGCAUUCACUUCAUAUUUCCAUUCACAUUCAGAGACCUGAAUUUGAUAAAAGAUAAGCCUUAUAGUCUUGUGGGUUUAAUAGCUGAAUACUUUGAAGAAGUGGAAGAUUUGGAAACUUCAGACUACAAAAGUUCUAGUGUUCUGUUCAUCUUCGAUGGCCUGGAUGAAAGCAAACUCCCGCUUAACUUUGAGAAAAAUGAGAUGUGCCGCAGCGUUACAAAGACCACAACAGUAGACGCCUUACUGACCAACUUAAUCUCAGGGAAACUGCUUCACAAAGCCUCGGUCUGGAUCACAAGUAGACCGGCUGCAGCCAGUAAGAUUCCUCCUGAGUUCAUCAACAGAGUGACCGAGGUACGAGGCUUUAAUGAUGAGCAGAAGGAGGAGUACUUUCUAAAGAAUAUCAGUGACAGCAAUGUGGCUCAAAAGAUCUGCGAUCAUCUUCAGUCAAAGCCGUUGAGAACUCUGUACAUCAUGUGCCACAUCCCAAUGUUCUGUUGGAUUACAGCCACGGCUCUUCAGAGUCUCCUCACAGGAACUCACGAAGGUGAGUUACCAAAGACUGUGACUGAAAUGUACACGCACUUCCUGAUCUUCCAGACAACACGGAAAAAUGAGAAAGAUUAUCAGGAGGUUGAAACAGACAAAGAUAGGAAGAAAGAAAGAGAUAAAGAGAUGAUCAUGAAAUUAGGAAAGCUGGCAUUUGAACAGCUACAGAAGGGAAACAUAAUCUUCUAUGAAAAAGAUCUGAAGGAGUGCAAAAUUGACCUGAAAGAAGCUGCAGUUUAUUCAGGAGUUUGUACACAGAUCAUAAGGAAAGAAUCAGGUCUUCACAGAGAGGAGGUUUACUCUUUUAUACAUUUAAGUGUGCAGGAGUUUUUUGCAGCUCUGUAUGUAUUAGAGACCUUCAUAGAGAGUGGACAAAAUCUGCUUCAGAGCCAGUCAAAGGUUAUAGUGAGAUCACAGAGUGGAAAAAGUCUUAUCGUCAUCCUCCACAAGACUGCAGUGGAUAUGGCCUUAGCCAACAAUCACGGACAAUGGGACUUGUUUCUGCGCUUCCUGCUUGGUCUGUCACAGGACAAGAGUCAGAGUCUUCUUCAGAACGUGUUUGGAUUUGAACUAAGAUGUCCAGUGAAUAACCAGGGAACAAUCACCUACAUUCACAGGAAGAUCCAGAAUCUGUCCAAUACCGACAAGAGUAUCAAUCUUUUCCAGUGUUUAAAUGAACUUGGUGACCAGUCUCUAGUAGAGAAAGUCCUCAAGUAUCAGAGCUCAGGAGAUGUUAGUAAAAUUUCACCUGAACAUUGGUCAGCUUUGGCCUUUGAAGUGCUUCUUUCUAACAAAGACCUGGAUACCUUUGAGCUUAAGAAAUUUUACAGAUCAGAUGAAGUUCUGGAGAGGCUGCUGCCAGUGCUCAAAGAAUCAAAGACAGCUCUGCUGAAUGACUGUAACCUCACUGAUAGAUGCUGCAAGUAUCUUUCAUCAGCUCUCAGAUCAAAAUCUUCUGGUCUGGAGGAGUUAGACCUGAGUAAAAAUAAACUGCAGGACUCUGGAAUAAAUCUUCUCUCUGCUGGCCUCAAGAGUCCCAACUGCAAACUCCAGAGACUCAGGCUGUGUUGCUGUAAUCUGUCUGAGGCAAGCUGUGCAGCUCUGUCCUCAGUCCUCAGCUCCCAGUCCUCUAGUCUGACAGAUCUGGACCUGAGUAACAACGAACUGGAGGAUUCAGGAGUGAAGCAGCUUUCUGCUGGACUGGAGAGUCCACACUGUGGACUGAAGACUCUCAGGCUGUGUUUCUGCUAUCUGUCUGAGACAAGCUGUGAAGCUCUGUCCUCAGUCCUCAGCUCCCAGUCCUCUAGUCUGAGACAUCUGGACCUGAGUAACAACGAACUGGAGGAUUCAGGAGUGAAGCAGCUUUCUGCUGGACUGGAGAGUCCACACUGCGGACUGAAGACUCUCAGACUGUUAGGCUGUAUGAUCGCAGAGGAAGGCUGUGUUUCUCUGGCCUCAGCUCUGAGAUCCAACCCCUCCCAUCUGAGAGAGCUGGACCUGAGCUACAAUCAUCCAGGAGACUCAGGACAGAAGAUCCUGUCUGCUGGACUGGAGGAUCCACACUGGAGACUGGACACUCUCAGGCUAAGUGACUGUAACCUCACUGAUAGAUGCUGCAAGUAUCUUUCAUCAGCUCUCAGAUCAAAGUCUUCUGGUCUGGAGGAGUUAGACCUGAGCAGGAAUAAACUAACGGACGUCGGAAUAAAUCUUCUCUCUGCUGGCCUCAAAAGUCCCAACUGCAAACUCCAGAGACUCAGGCUGUGUUGCUGUAAUCUGUCUGAGACAAGCUGUGAAGCUCUGUCCUCAGUCCUCAGCUCCCAGUCCUCAAGUCUGACAGAUCUGGACCUGAGUAACAACGACCUACAGGAUUCAGGAGUGAAGCAGCUUUCUGCUGGACUGGAGAGUCCACACUGUGGACUGAAGACUCUCAGACUGUCAUUCUGUAUGAUCUCAGAGGAAGGCUGUGCUUCUCUGGCCUCAGCUCUGAGAUCCAACCCCUCCCAUCUGAGAGAGCUGGACCUGAGCUACAAUCAUCCAGGAGACUCAGGGGUAAAGCUGCUUUCUGUUGGUCUGGAGGAUCCGAGCUGGAGACUGGACACUCUCAGGCUGUGUUGCUGUUAUCUGUCUGGGAGAAGCUGUGCAGCUCUGUCCUCAGUCCUCAGCUCCCAGUCCUCUAGUCUGAGACAUCUGGACCUGAGUAACAACGACCUGAAGGAUUCAGGAGCGAUGCAGCUUUCUGCUGGACUGGGGAGUCCACACUGUGGACUGAAGACUCUCAGACUGUUAGGCUGUAUGAUCACAGAGGAAGGCUGUGCUUCUCUGGCCUCAGCUCUGAGAUCCAACCCCUCCCAUCUGAGAGAGCUGGACCUGAGCUACAAUCAUCCAGGAGACUCAGGAGUGAAGCUGUUUUCUGCUGGUCUGGAGGAUCUGGACACUCUCAGACUGGAUCAUGGUGGAGAACAGAGGCUGAAACCUGGUGUGAAGAAGUAUUUCUGUGAACUCACAGUGGACACAAACACAGUCAACAGAAACCUCAAACUGUCUGACAACAACAGGAAGGUGACAGAAGUGACAGAGAAGCAGCCAUAUCCUGAUCAUCCAGAGAGGUUUGACUACUUGGCUCAGCUGCUGUGUACAGAAGGUCUGACUGAUCGCUGUUACUGGGAGGUCGAGUGGAAAGGACUGGUUUAUAUAUCAGUGAGUUACAGAAGAAUCAGCAGGAAAGGAAACAAACCUGACUGCUGGUUUGGAGAGAACGAUCAGUCCUGGAGUCUGAGGUGCUCUGGUGAAGAUUGUUACUCUGUCUGCCACGAUAACAGAGAAAAACCCAUCUCCUCCUCAUCCUCCUCCUCAUCUUCCUCCUCCUCCUCCUCCUUUGUCUCUAACAGAGUAGCAGUGUAUGUGGACUGUCCUGCUGGCACUCUGUCCUUCUACAGAGUCUCCUCUGACACACUGAUCCACCUCCACACCUUCAACACCACAUUCACUGAACCUCUGUAUGCUGGGUUUGCAGUCUGGUCUGGAUCAGUGUCUCUGUGUUCUCUGUAGAGAAGUUUACUGUUAAAGCUGCUGUAAAGAACAUGAAGAACUUUAAAGACAAGUCAUCUUAAAACACAUACUAAUCUACUUACCAGGAAAUCUUGUAUAAAUCUGUGAUGAAACUGAGUGUCUGACUGUAAAUGCUGCGAGACACCAAAUAUGUUUUCAAGAUUUUUGUUUUCUUUUUUUCUUUGCAAUCAGAAAAUGUUCUAUAAAUAAGGGCUCGUGGCUACGCUGAGCAUGUAUAUAACAUCUGCAGUCACAGUUUGUGUCACAGCUGGAUGACGAGCAGAGUAGGACUCUGGAAAUGUGCUAAAGCCUUUGAAAGGUCUUCCCUUCAUUCAGGAUCAGACUCCGAUUCGUAGACACUAUAUGAUACAAGUCUUAUGUCUCCAGCUGCACACAUUACUGCAGGUAAACAUGCAGCAUUACUCUUUAGGUUGUAUUCUGAGUAGCUGGGGGUGAA